AUUUACCCACAAUUCUUGCAUUCGCAGAGCCGGUCACAUGCGAAACAAGAUGUCGUCCUUUUCGCAUUACAACGAAAGAGGAGUUAUUCGAGAUAUCCAUUCUCUUGCCGAGGUUAUUCUCCUCGAUCACUCUUACGCCAAACCGUGGUCUGCACAUCCAGAUGCUUCUAAAGUGCGUCCAGUGAAAACGUUGUUUCUGCCCAGAGAAGACGUAGAAAACUUGCCCUCGAUAUCCGAUGAUGAGGAAAUCGAUGUUUGUGAACCGGUCGCCUCCUCGUGUUCUACGAAUAUUAUGUACGAUACGGCCAAAGCUAAAGCAGUGAUGGCUGAAUGCGAGAAGUAUGUGAGUACUGUGUCUAGUAAAAAGACUCCAGACACAUGGGAAGAACAAAUUUCGAGGAAUGGCUGGGGAACCAAGCAGAGUGUCUUGUUUGACAAAGUUACAAAAGUUCUCUCCAAUUUGCGGCUAGCAAGGUUGACUUAUGAAGGGCUUCCAAAUGAGCCAGUGAUGAGACGAAUAACUACAGACAAGGCAACCAAAAGAACAAGACAAAUUCUGAGUGAGACAGAAUGGGUGAGUUUAGAUUUGUAUUGAAUAUCAUGCACUGAAAUGUUUAAUGCACCUGCUACACAUGGUACAUUUUGUUUUGAAGCCAACCAUCAAAAUAAAAAAUGUGUUGCUUUUUAAAAACCUUUUGUACUGAUGAGUGAAACAUUUAUUUUGUAAUUAAUUUUGAUAACAAACUGCUUAUUAACUGCGAGUGAGGUCUUUAUGGGGAAAUCUCGAACUGAGACCUUACCUUAUUGACUGAGCGAUAGACUGAAUGUCCAUGGUUAAUAAAUUGUUUAUUAUUGGCUUUUUGCUUUGCUUUUACAGGCCUGUGAUCGGCUGGCCUAUGGGCAUUAUGGGAGAAUAAUGUCCUAGAAUUAGCCAAUCAGAGCGUGUUUUAUAUCGGCCACAAACAUAAGCCAUAUAAUAAAAUGCAUGAAUGCCUUAGUUAUUUCAACAUACAAAUUAAUAUGUUUGCACAAUACUUUUAAUACACUGUAAAGUUCACCACUGACAUGAAUAGUUACCUUUGAAAUUAUACCCUGCUCAGCAGAAACCUCUAUUAGA